CAAAAUUAGAGCAGUCAACCAAUGAAUUGGUGGUUGGAUUAAGCAAGUUUUGACGUUUAUAGUUGCAUUUAAUUAUAUUAUCAAUUUUCCCUAGUCAUUGUCUUGCUGUCAAUCAAACCAAAUUAUCUUCCCUUGAAUAAUCCCCAUCCCAGAAGAAAUAAAGCAACUUCAAAUUUCACCACCACAAUUCAUCACCACAGCCAUCAUCACCUCCAAGCCAACUACUCAGAUGGGGCCCAAUCCACCGCAACAACAGCAACAACCCAACAACAACAGCCAUCCAAUCAGCAUCUGGGAAGCGAACCAGGAUCGGUUGCGCACCAUGUACCAGAUGAUCUCAGAACCCCCAAGACUCCUAUGCAAUGCAGCAGGAAAACCCUCUUGCUGCAUCUUCAGAGUCCCACAGAGCCUUGUCGAGAUAAACGGUAAGUCCUACAACCCCCACAUCGUCUCAAUCGGUCCUUACCACAGAGGAGAGCCACGUCUCAAGAUGAUCGAAGAGCACAAGUGGAAAUACUUGGGCUCUUUGCUUGCAAGGACAGAGCCCAAAGGGUUGACUUUAGAGGACUACUUGAAGGCCUUGGAGCCAUUGGAACAAAAGGCUAGAGAGUGUUACUCAGAAAGCAUAAAUCUUAGGACGGAUGAAUUUUUGGAAAUGUUGGUUCUUGAUAGUUGCUUUAUAAUCGAAUUGUUUCGAAAAUUCGGGCUUUUGGUUCGGUUCGAGCUUGACGAUCCUCUUGUCAACAUGGUUUGGAUAAUCCCAUUUUUGGCUAGGGAUUUUCUUAGGCUUGAAAAUCAAAUACCCUACUUUGUUCUUCUGACCUUGUUUGAGCUCACAACCAUGGAAGAACAUAGAGAAAAUGGGAAGUCAUUGUCGUUGCUUGCUUUGGAAUUCUUCAACAACCAUAUGCAGAGGCCUGAUCAUGUCAUUCAAAAGCACCACAAUCUUACAGGUAUGCAUUUGCUUGACUUGUUACGCUCAAGUGUUAUACCCCCAGGCCAUGAAGAGCCACGUAGCAGCAACACCAUCCCAACACAUACCAUCCACUGUGUCUCGAAGCUUCGCCGUGCCGGAAUCAAGCUCAAUCCGGGCGAGGACGAAAGCUUCUUGGUGAUCAAAUUCAAGCGCGGUGUCGUCGAAAUGCCGCCUAUAACAAUCGAUGAUUUCAUGAGCUCGUUCUUACUGAAUUGUGUGGCCUAUGAGCAAUGCCACAAGUCAAGUUCUAAGCACAUCACCACCUACGCCACAUUGCUCGAUUGCCUUGUGAACACAUACAAGGAUGUUGAGUAUUUGUGUGACCGUAACAUCAUCGAGAAUUGCUUUGGGAACGAUGGGGAAGUUGCUCGAUUUAUUAAUAAUUUGGGGAAGGAUGUGGCUUUUGAUAUGGAUAGAUGUUACUUGGCUAAGUUGUUCAAUGAUGUGCAUCACUAUUAUGGGAAUAGUUGGCAUGUUCAAUGGGCUAGCUUCAAGUACACUUACUUUGAUACUCCAUGGUCCUUCAUAUCUGCGUUUGCUGCUCUGAUUUUGUUGAUACUCACCUUGAUGCAGACCUUCUACACUGUUUUGAGUUAUUACGAUCUUUGAAAACUUAUAGAUAUGGUUUUUGCAAUAUAUAUUUAUUCAUUUUUAUA